CUGGUGAUAGCAUUUCCUCCAAAAAAAAAAAUCUUCUAAGCUAUUUUUUUUCUUAUUCACUUCUCAGCAAAAAUAAAUCAAGAAAACAUAUAAUGGGUGUUAGUUUGCCUGGAGUUCUUGCUAAGCAAAUCUUCCGCCAGUCUUUAUUGCCUGCAAGAAAGGCAUCUUCAAGUUCAUUAGAUGUUCCAAAAGGAUUCAUAGUAGUUUAUGUUGGGAAGGCCAAAAAGAAAAGAUUUUUGGUGCCCAUAUCCUACUUGAAUCAUCCUUCAUUUCAAGAUUUGCUUAGCCUGGCUGAAGAGGAGUUCGGUUUCGAUCAUCCAAUGGGUGGUUUGACAAUUCCCUGCAGAGAGGAUACUUUCAAUGCUGUCAUUUCCAAAUUGAGUAGAUCAUAAGAGAAGGCACUUGAAUUCUGGGAAUGCCAAAUUCAAUUGUAAAUAAGUGUAGUUUACAAGAUUAAACAAUUUUGCCUAAUGAGAAAAAUUAUUCGAUACAAA